AUGAGAGAAGUUCUGAACGAAGGCCACCUUCUUGGUAGUAUUCAGAAUCUUCGUGUGGCUAUAGACACCGAUGGUGUUGACUGUUGUGUUUGCCAGAAUGUAAUCUACCCUGGGGAGGAGGUGUUAUGCUCUGUUCAUGGUUGCAAAGGAGUUUAUCACUUAACAUGUGCAAAAGAAAGGCUUGGGUUUUCAUCUAUGGGACAAUUCAAGUGCCCUCAACAUGCAUGCUAUCUAUGCAAACAAAAGUUCCAUCUAUGGCGGUGUGCAAGAUGCAAAUUAGCAUCACAUGAUAAGUGUGCAGCAUUCCCGGAGCAUGUGAUCUAUUUUCAUGACCAACCAGGGCGAGUUGUUUGUUGGAAACAUCCUACUGAUUGGCGUUUUCAGAAGAAGCGUGCAGUUCGAUCGAAUGAGAUUGAGGGAAUCUUUUCUCGGUUGCCUCUACCAUAUGUUGAGGAGGAGUUCAAGAUUGACAUAACAUGGAAAGACAUGAUGGAGAAUAAGUUGGAGCCACCUCCAUAUGUGCACAUCAGGCGCAAUAUUUACCUUGUCAAGAGAAAGCGUGAUGAUGUUGAUGCUGGUAUUGGAUGCACGAAUUGCAGUUCUUCCAUGUGCUCUGAGGAUUGUGUUUGCAGGGUUCAGUGUAUUAGCUGCUCAAAGGCUUGCCAUUGCUCGGAAUUGUGUGCAAACAGACCGUUUCGGAAAGAGAAAAAGAUUAGAAUUGUCAAGACUGAACUUUGUGGCUGGGGUGUAGAAGCAGCUGAAUCAAUCAAGAAAGGCGAUUUUGUGACCGAGUAUAUUGGUGAAGUUAUUGAUGAUGCCAUGUGUGAACAAAGGCUGUGGGACAUGAAGUACAAAGGCGUUAAAAACUUUUACAUGUGCGAGAUUCGAAAAGACUUCACAAUUGAUGCCACUUUCAAGGGAAAUUCUUCACGUUUUUUAAACCACAGUUGUUAUCCUAACUGUAAAUUGGAAAAAUGGCAAGUUGAGGGGGAGACACGUGUUGGUGUCUUUGCUGCACGACCUAUUGAAAUAGGAGAACCAUUGACGUAUGAUUAUAGAUUUGUGCAAUUCGGGCCAGAGGUUAAGUGCCAUUGUGGUGCUCCAAAUUGUCAGGGCUAUCUUGGGAUCAAAAGAAAGGCUGGGAAAGUGGACCUGGGCUGGGGUUCAAAACGCAAGAGAACUUCAAGUACUUGCUUGACAAUCAUUAAACUGUGA